AGCCACAGUACGCAUGCGCACCAAAGCCAACGCCGUCGCCUGGGAGUUGUGGAGGCCUCUCAGAAGCUGAGAGGAUCCAAAGGUUGGCAAAAGGGCGCUGCUUUCCAUCUCCUCCUCCGGGGAAUGACAUGUUGGUGAACUUUUUCAAAGAUUAUUCCUUUUUAAAACAUUUUAUGGCUACUGUGCCUGGUAAUAAUCAUGGAAAUCAAAUUAGAAGUUUUAGCCUGUACAUGCAUCAAGCAAAAAAAGCCAUGGCCACGGAUCACUUGGCUGGGACAGGAAAAGGAAGCAGUGUAUCUUUUAGAUGAAAAAGAUAUAAAUGAAAUUAACCUGGUUUCGGGAAAAACGAAGAAGAAGAUCCCCCAGUUAUCUCCUUUACUGAAGAAUGUUUGUGUCUUGACUACAUCAAGUAACAGAAUUUGGUUAGCAGGGAUACUUAAAACAGGAGAGCUCUUUCUGUGGCACAAAGACCAAGGCACUCUCAAAACAGUCCCAGCAGCAGAAGAAACUACAAAAUUGGUUGAAGUACCACAAGAAAGUUCUAUAGGAUUGUACCUCUAUGUUUCUGAUGAUGGAAAUAAGGUGCUUCUCACUACUCCAACUGCCUGUGUAUUUCUGUGGGAAAACAUGGAAUGUAAAAGUGCACCAUCUUCAAAUCCUAUCAUGAGGCAGUGGUCACAAAUUAAUCCCAAUGCAUCACUUACGUUACCGUCAAUUGAAGAAAAAGAAACUACAGUAAAUGCUGAUUUUAUACAAAAUGAGAUGCUGGGGGAUACCUGCUGUUGUUCUUUUGCAUUUUACUCUGAGGAAAAUUUGAUGUUUACUUUUUUGGAAAUUAAGUGGCAAGAGAACAGUUUCAAGAGUUCAAACUCUUUUCCAUGUCAGAUACACUGGGCACAACAAACAUGCUCCCUAUCUAGUCUUACACCACCUUGUGAAUCAAUUAAAUCAAGAGGUGCCUUACUUACUGCUUUGUCUCGGGAUGGACUGGUAUUAGCAGUGGCUGUUAAUCAAAAGGAUCCACAGUCGUCUCAGAUUUUGUUUAUAAGCACCAUGAAUUUUCUUACUGCUUCUGGUAGCCUCAAAGGCUGUGGGAGUAAGAAUCGCAAAGUUUCACCCAGGUUUAUAAGGUCUUACUGGAUUGCUGACAUGAGUUGGACUCCAGAUAGUCUUUUUUUGGCUUGCAUGUUGAAACGUGGGUCACUGAUCUUAAUGACUUCCUUGGGUGAAUUGCUGACUUUAGUUACAUAUGGUUGCUCUAUAGAAUUUGGACCAGCAGAAUUUAUUCCUCUUCACCCUCUAAUAACCUACAGAUCACAGGACUCUCUACUUCGAGAUUCAAAUCACUCCCAUGAUUCAUCAGCAUCUGAAAGAGAUCUCAUGAGACAGAGAUUUUCUAUAACAUCACACCCAUGCUUACCCUACCUCGUUGCUUCUGAUGGAUACAUAAUCACAGUUCUAAAGUUUUCGGAUAGUUUUUCACCUUCAACAUAUAUGAGAUCUUUGCUACUUGAUUCUGCUCAGAGACUUGAAAAACUACACUCUUUGAUUUCAUCUAAGGGGAAAAGACUGUCAGUGCAGUCACUAACUUCCUUAAGAGCUAAUUUGUUACACCAUCAUCAAAAUCAAAUUUCUGCCUUCUCUGCUAUUCCAAAAUUUCUUCAAGAGGAGGAGGGAGCAACAGAAGUUCUUGGAGAAGCAACAUGCUCACAGGAAUACAAUGACGAAUUUGAAGAUGACAACCUGUUCCAUAGUUACACUUUCAUUCAGCGAAGCCAAAAAGCAGAUACCUAUGCAUGUGAUGAAGGCAGAUUGGAAUUUGCAGCAAUGUUUGACACUAUUCAUGCAAUGGAUGAGUGUGACGGAGAAAAAGAUGCUCAAUUUUUGGAACUAAACUAUAUUCAAAAAAAUCUAAUUGCAGCCUGGAGAGUGGGCAUUUCAAGAAAUACACAAGAAAGAGACAUGCUGUUAAGUUGUACUAUACGUUGCAUCACUCACUUCUUUAAUGCUCUUCAGCAUGCAAAACUUUGCUUUGAACAUUUAGAUAACCCUGUCAAGAAUCAUCCAUGGAUACAGUGUGUUUUAAAAUGUUUCCAGCAAUAUUUGACUGUCCUGACUUGGGAUAGUAAGCACAGACAAACUCUUGGACAUUUGAUGAAGCUCACAGCACAGACCCUAAAAUUGAUGCUUACAGGACAACAAGAUCAGAUGUUCUUUGGUAACCUUUUGGGAGGCUUCUCUUUACUGAAGAUGGUCUCUCAUUUUUUAAAUGGCAAAAACAAACCACAAUACGCAAUACUUCCCACAGUUCUGGAUAUGAAUAAUAUGGUGGAAUUAGAUUCCAUAGUGGAGUCUCUCUUUCAAAUUAUGGAUUUGAACAAUAAUCAGAAUUUUUGUGCUUUGGAUUUUAUACUAAACCUGCCGGUUGCAAGCUUGACUAAUAAUCAAGAAAAGAGAUUGAUUAUAAUGUGGCGUCUACUAUACAAGCAUGUUCUUUUGUACUGGACACAGUUUAACAGAAAAGAACAAACUGAAAUGCAAAUGGUUUAUGAAAGACCAGUGAUUGAAGCCCUUGCAACUCAUAUACAGGCAAUCUUACAAUCUUCAGGAGAGAGACUGGAACAUAAACUCAACCUUAGUUCUGUGACUGGUGAGGAACAGUUUCUAACAGGAUCUUAUGAAGACUCAGUGGAAGCAUGGAAGAAAGCCAUUCAAGAAACAAAAGUAAAAGGAGGAAAGAAAAUGCCCUUUCUGCAGACUCGGUAUUAUCUUGCUAUAUUAUAUUGCCAUCUGUAUCACUAUAGAUUAAGUGAAGCGCAGGGUCUAUGUGAUCAUUUAGUGAAUGAGCUUCUGAAACGAAGUCAAAUUUCUGCAACAGAGAGGAAUGAUAUAUCAGAUGCUGAAUGGAGGAUAAAAGAUAUUUGUACUGGGGCUGCUCUGGCAGUGGUUCAGUCUCUAGCACGAUUCAUGGCAGCUUACUUUGCUAACGAACCACUUUAUGUGCUUCCUCCACACUGUGUUGAUAUUUUAUCUCCACUUCAUAUCAAGCAAGACAGGCUUCUUCGUGUUGUUCCACUGGAGCACUCCAUAGUCACUGAUGCAGUUAGGGACCUUGGCCUCUCUUGUGUCUGGACAGUUGAAUAUGCUCUUGACUUGUUGCUUGUUGGUGGCCUAAUUCCGGAAUCUGUGUGGUUAGCACAUAAACUGGGCGACUGGAAAAUGGCUGUUUCAAUUGGAGUGGCUUAUGAUCUUUAUUGUCAAAGUAACAAUGGCAUCCCAACAAGCCCAGAGAAAGCAGAACUAUAUUUGCCAUUGUGUUUAACUCCAACUCAAAUAUUUCAAGAGAAACUGCAGUCUUUUUUGGGACAGGCAGUCAACUUUGAAGCAUCAAAUGACCAAGAUCCCAAAUACAAACAGCUUACAGAUCCUAUUGAAGAAGAAGAUGCAAGUGUACUUUUUAAUUCAGUAGAAGAAAUACUGAAAGCCGCAGUUAUGGCAGAAGCAGACAUUCUUUCAGAGACAUUUCAACUUUUGGUGGAUUUUGCUAAGGAUCUUAGCAGAAAGUUGCAAGGUUUGGUGCCUGAGAGCUUAUAUCUUCCCGCACCACCCUUAUAUUGUCCUCAACCAACAUUCCUAAGUGAAGAGGAAUGCACUGAUUUGCCAUUGAGAAUGGAGAGAAGUUGUCGGCAAAAGAUAUCUGGAGUUGUUCAACGGAUUCUUGUACUCUUCCAGGCUGCUCAUUGUUCCUUCCCUUCUGCUCAGUGGUAUAUUACCCAGCUAAAACACACACGGAAAAUAAUGCAAAAGAUCCAUAAGAAGGGUGGUCUUCCUUCAUUGAAUGCUCUUCCAGAAAAUUUGCUUAAUUACUGCAAAUACCGCACAGUGUUCUUAAGGCCUACAUCUUCUGGAGAUCAUAAACUUGAUGAGGUUUCAUGUAAAACUAUAGGUUGCUUUAGAGAAUUGUGUGCACUGUCUUGGAUGCUUCAUGUUCGUGAAAAAUUAUCUGCCAGUUGUAGACGGUACCAAACUGCAAGGGAGAAUUUGGAAAAUCAGAACGAAUGCAUGAGAACUGAAUCUGAUAGCUGUGUAAUAGAAUACUCUCUAAGUGCAUUGGAAUGGGCUUGUCGGAUGCUCCCUUUUGCUCGCUUCAUGAAUAUUGAGGAACUUAUCCAGGAUAUCAUUCUGAGCCUUACUGGAGAAUUGCCACCAAUUAAAAAGGUGGCAGAAAUUUUGGUAAAAGCAUUUCCUAAUCCUGAAGAUGUCAGAGUCCCACUAAGAGAUAAAUAUAAUGCUUUGCACCAGCGACUUAGACACUGCAAAGUGAAAGGCCCAAAUAGUGAAGAGAUUAUGUCUGUUGUUAUACAGGCUGCUCACAAAGUGAAUGUGACAGCAUUGAAACGUGUGAUGAGAAACAUAGGGGCCCCUCAGAGGAAUAUCUGGGAACCCCUAGAAGUGGAAACACAAGAUCCUGGAGUUUGCUGCUAUGACCGAUUUUCUUUGGGAACUAGUCUAAGCAGAAGCACAGUUUCAGAUUUGGGAAAUCCUCCGUCUUAUAGUGAUGCUGAAACAGCAGAUUCGUUCUCUGAAUCUUUGUGGAGUGAAGAAAUACGAAAAUAUAUUCCCGUUCAGGUGGAAGAAGGAUGCAAACAUUUAAGAGAAUUGACUGGAUGUGAUAAAUAUACUGAAAAAAUAGAAGACUUUACUGGGAAAGGAAGAAGUACAAAAAAGCAAAAUAAUAAAGAUUGCUCUAAACAGCAAGUUUUGCCACUUGUCGGUGAAUGGGAAUUUGAACGUGAUGAUGAUGAAUAUGUUAAGUUUUUAGAGCUCUUUAUAACUUACAUACUUGAAAGAGAUCUCAUCAGUCAUAGAGAUUCUUCAAUUCCUUUUCUGGUGAGCUUUUCAGCACUCCUUAGAGAACAGGAACUCAGUUCUCUUCUUUUUGAUGUUCAUACAACACUGAAACGUCGUCAGAUCGCAACGAAAGGCCAAAAUAUAUUUAGAGCUGGUUCUUGCUACGCUCUUGUUUUUGAUCCCAGUCAUUCUCAACCAGAGUCUUUAUCUGAGGAAAAGACGAAAGAUUCUAAAAAACGAACUCUUCCUGUCCCCAUUCAAAAACCAAUUGAGUUUUAUGACCAUAAAUAUGUGAUGAAACUCGCCAAAAGAAGAGGAUUAUUUGGUCUACGUCAGCAGUCCAUUCAUAGUCCACAUGAUUCCAGUAAAAAGAUACUGCUUACACCAUUACUAUCACAGCAUUCAUCUGAAGAAACCUCUUUUCCUAAAACAUCUGCAGUUCAUAAGUUUAUCUACAAACCAAUUAGGAUGAAUGAUGUUGUGCAGAGAGAGGAGCCAACUCCAGAGAUGAAGUUUAAAUUUAAUCAUGUUGCUCACUUGCUUGAGUGGAUGAUUAGAUGGUCUGAUAGGCGACUACUUUAUGAUCCCAUGGCGGCAGAGCCAUUUCAGGAAUGCCAACCAAAGAUGCAUGUAAAAAUAUCUGCAUCUGCUGUACUUGCAUCAAUGUGGCUUUUAGAAGAAUAUUACAGCAGCAAAUCAGAAGACCAAAGUAUACAUAUUUGGAAGCCACAUCUACAGUCUGCGAAUACCCAUUCUUCAGCAAUCAGAUCAUCAAAACUAGAGAAAGAAAACAGUGUGGAUACAGGCUACUCCCCAUCAGUUGAGACUCCAGUUGUUAUCCAAGAUGGCCAUGCCUAUGGUGAACCUUGUGAAAGCACUCCAAGAAAUGUACCCGCAGCACAUUUUGAGGAAGAAAACAAUUUCAAAGAUCAUUCUGAAACACAUGAUACAGAAAUAGAAGGAAAAUAUGUUGAUGCACAUUUGAUAGAAAGAGUGGGUGGUGCAGUGGACCUGACAUCUGAAAAUGAAGAACAUUGUGAAGAUCCAGUGCCACUUUCAGUGAGUUCUUCCAUUUCUAUCAGUGUGAAAUCAAUACAGCAACACAAAGAGUAUGUCCCUAUAGCUGAUGUUGAAUAUACACAAGACAAAUCAUUGAUGGAAGCACUGGAGGGAAAAGUUAUGAAGAAUGGUGUUACAUGCGAGACAAUUCCCAGUGAUGUCGCUCGUUCACUUCGUCCUGAAAUGAAGGCAAAAACUGCUAGUACAGAGACCACUCUUUCUGAUGACGAGCCUUCCUUUACUGCUGUAUCAAGUAUUCUUUCAAAUGAACCUGUUGGCCAAGAGAAAAAAGAAGCUGCUCCUGCAAGAGAAUCAACAGUACAGCCGCUGAGCACUUCAGAGGCUGUCCGGCAAAUGCUCCAAGAUGAAAUGUUUAAACUGGUUCAGUUGCAACAAAUCAAUUUUAUGAGCCUCAUGCAAGUAGUGGGGUCAUCCUUCGCCAGCUUGCCAAAUCUAUCACAGCAGAUGCAUCAGACACAGCCUUUUCAGCUGGGAAGAAACCAGGCUUUGAAUGCUGGAGAGACUGAUAUAGAAAGUUCUGUCCAUAAACACCCAGCAGAUGGAUUUCCAAAAACAGAAAUGCCAACUCAAGAAAACAGUCGGAAUGUUAAUGUAGAAAACACAGGUCUUCAGGGGCAAACUGAUUUAUCUAAUCAAAACCGUAAUGGAACUAUUCUAAGUUCUCUACACAUCAGUGAUUCUUCACACUUACCGGAGAGUCAGUCCAGUGGGAGAAGGCUAAUCCCGCCAUUUCAGAGCUGGCUUCCUCAGAUUCCAGCUCAACCCUUACCUCUUCUUUCUGUUUCACUAAGUACUGAGAAGAAGCCUCAGCUUAUCCCAAUGGCAAAACCUAUAAAUAGUACAGAUGGGUUUCCUUUGCUUAAACUUAAACCAAACUAUGAAUUUCAGCCAUUCAACUCUUGCUCAAUAAAACCUCCUGAAGUAUUCAUUGGCCCAUGGCUACAACAAAGCCAACUCAGGGAUCCACCACCUCAUUUUGUGAAAAAUCCUCAGGAGUUACUGGCACAGGAACACAAGAAUGGCUUAACAGCACACCUAAACUUAAACAAUUAUGAUCUGGAAGGUAUAAGGCAAGCACAGGAACAGAAGAAGAAUUGGGGAGAACCAAUGAGUAAAGACACUUCUAGACACAGUCAUUGGGAUCAAGAUGAAAGAAAGGAAAAUACAUCACAUUCACAGUACUUCCAUGUACGACUAAAAGCAGAGAAACCAAUGGCUGACAAUGAAAUUCCCUUUCAUACCAUUUAUGAAAAUUCUGCGCAAAUUCCCUUGCUAUAUCUGAAGUCCUGCACACAAUCUAAUUAUCCUAAAACUUCAAUACCUGUUAAAAUUACAGAAAAGGACAUAGAUUCCAGAGAUCCUGUUUGGCAGACAGGAUUACCAUUGCUUCAUGCUAAUUUUCCUCCACUCCUGAAGUAUCCAACACCGAAACUCAUCCCCCUUCAAAAUCUCGUUGCAUUUGAGCAAAGUCACCAAGAUGACCCUAUCUUUCACAUUAAGGGUAAAGACCAUCCUGAAAAGAUUCAGUUACUGAAGGCUGACAUUCCAGCAAAUAAAGCAAGACAAGAGAAGAAGAGUAAAAAAAGGCAGAAGAGGCUUGUGAAGAAACAGAUCAAGGAGAAAGAAGAAAGGGAGAAAAAAUCUGUAACCUUUCAACAAGAUGAUUCUACUGGUUUAGCUGAUACUACAGAGCAAACAAAGGAUAAACGAGCAGAAUUCAGCUAUGAUCUCGGGGAUGGAGACAUUUUAUUAAACCCAAAGAUGGCUAUUUCUUCAGCAGGACUGCAUUACAUGGCUUCUGUAGGAAAAAAGGCCACAGAUCUUCAAGAGAAUAGUACAAAUACAGAUACUGUUCUUAAAUCACAUCAAAAUACACAAACUGAUUUGAAAGAAAUAAUUGAUGAAUCUGGUAAAAAUCAACCAAUCACCUUUGCUUCUGUUUCUACAUCUGUAACAGGUCUACAACCAUGUGAAGAAAAGCCAAUUAUUUCGGAAGAAGUUGGUUUUGAACCUAGAAAGGAUCAGGUUCCUUCAUCUGCAAAAGAUAUAUUACCUUCUUUGCCACCAGAUCUAUACUUAAAUCUCACAUUUCCUACUGAAGCAACAGAGCAGCCUUUACCAUUCUCAUCCAAUAUUACAUCUGAUUUGGCUGGACGGAAGUAUAUCAAUGUGAUUGAUAUAGAAGAUGGUGAUCUUAUGAAAGAUUUGCCAGAUAUAUCUGAGUCUACUCCAAAACCCAUUGCCAGUCAAGCUGUGAAAGCUGAAUUCCCAACUUUUGCUAAACUACACCACAUGGCAGCAUCUGUCACUAAUAUAAUUCCACCUAAAGAAUUUGAAAAAGAAGGAGAUACUCUUCACACUGAAUCAAUGCAAGUACCAGAGACUAAAGAGAGAGAAGUGACUAAUGAUCCUCUAACCACGAACCUUCUGCAUGAGAAUUUCAGUGCUACUUCCUCCAGAAGAUUGUCACCCAGAAAAAUUAGUAGAGAACACAUUUCUGCCAAACUCCAGAAUAUGGAUAGACAGCUAGAGUCUUUACAGAAUGUGGCUGAAAGAAUGGAGAAAGAAUUUAGAAACACUAAACUGGCAGUGGAAGCAGUUGAAGGUUUGGUGGCUGAUCCAAGAAAUAAUAGCAUUUCAUUUUUUGCACCAGAUGUAAAGGUUACGAAAGAUGAGUACUAUUCAACCCGUGUGAUUAUAGAAGAUUUAGAGGAAGAAGAAGAAGAAGAAGGCUUAGAAACCAAAUCUUCUCAAAAUAGUUACCUUUCUUUAGAAACACCCUCUGUUUCUCCUUCAGUGUCAACUGCUAAUCUUCUCAGGGUCAAAAAGUCAUCUUCUGGUACCAAACCUACCGAUAUUAAUUUUUCUCCCGAAGGGCUGGAUGAAAGUAUUUCAGAAGAUCACCUGCAGAUCACUGGUUUGAGUGGUAUUUCUGACAUCAUUACUGAUCUUAUAGUGGAAGAGGGCAUUUCUGCUUCAGAACUCGGUCUCACAGAAACACAGGCCCAGAAAAUUUCCAGAUUCUCAAGUGCAAUGAGUAAGCAGUCCAGUAAAAUAGAAAAGGAAAAAAAAGAGUUACAAGCCUGGAUGAAAAAAAAGCGAAAGGCAAGACUAGAUGAAUAUCUACAAACACUCACUGAACAAAGGGCAAAAGAACAUAGUCCUUUUCCUUUAGGAAAACAACUGUCACCCAGAUUUUCAUCACGAGACAUCAAGUUACAUCAAAAAAAGAAAGAUAAAAGAGAUAAAGCCUUGUUUUCUGAGCAUCAUAAUCUUAGAGUUUCUGAAGCCCUCUCCCUGAUGGAUGAGUUGUUGACAGACACAAUGCAACUUCCUUCACAUGGCUAUAAACAAGGAUCAGCUUCUGAUUUCAAGAGGCCAUGGACAGCUUCUUCAAGAAGUAGUUUCCGUGGAUCUCGCCAAGCUGCAAGAAACAAGGCUGCUGCCAAAGCUGAUUUCCAAAAGACAAGAUCUUUUGGUGUAUCAUCUGAUGUAAUUCAGAGAAGAGGUCAAAUACGUCAAGCUCCUUACAGAAAAAUCCCAUCGGAAGACUAUCAAGGGCAGAUGCGGUGGAGAAGCAGUAGAAGCCAGAGGAAGUGGUCAAAUAGCAGCUUUGACUUAAGAAGUGAAGCUUCUGAUCGGAUAAGCCGAUUAGUGAAUCAGAGAAGGUUCCCAAACAAUGACCCAGAACUUCAGGCCAAUGAUGAGAGUGAAGACGAUGCCCUGAGUGUGUGGAGUGUCCCUGGGGACAUCCAGCAGAUACUGUAUGGCAAUUCUAAGGCCAAUAAGGAAUCUUUUCUUCAAGAAGAUGCUUCCUCCAUAACAAGCUUUAAUAACUUUGACAGUGUGUCAGAGAGCACCAGCAGCAUUCUUAGCAAACUUGACUGGAAAGCGGUGGAGGCCUUGGUGGCAAAUGUCGAAGAAAAAUAAAGCCACGGGUUUUGGGUUGCUCUGUGAAAUGUCAUUUGGCUGGAUAUAGUUUGGAGAUGCAACAGGUGAUGGGAAUUACAAUGGCCACAACAAAGUUGCUGUUAUGGAGGGGUCUUCAUUACUAAGAUUUCUACAUAUUAUUGCAGAAAAGUUCCAAAGAUUUUUUAAAAAAAGUUCUUUGUGUGAGUACUUUUGAGACCAAAAUUGAAAAGCCAGAUUAUGGAAUUAUGCAAAGUGAUACAGAUGCCAAAUAUACAUAGGCCUCUUGGAACAUACAACCAUUAAGGAUGGUAAACAAGACUGCUGGAGCUCUGGAUUUUUAAAAAGAAGAUAUUUCUAUGAACGUUAAUAUAAAGAAGGCAUUAUUUAAAACAAAUAAGUAAAUCCAGAUGUUGAAGAUGAAUGUUGGAUAGCAAUGCCCAGAAUACUUAAUUGUUAUCUAAGCCAGUUAGAUUUAAUGGAAAGUUGCAGUCCAGCAUCAGGAAGGGCUUCAUAAUUUGACAGAUUUGCACAUUGGCUUGAUGCUACAGCACAAGAUUCUGAAUUAUGUUUUAAAUAGUAGUAUGAAUGUAAUUACUUUUACUGUUUGAUGUUUUGUGAGCUCAUUUUUGGGAGUAAACCUUGUUUAUUGUUGAGA